AUGGGCCGGCCUGGGUGUUGCACGACCGUGCUGGGCCUCAUCGCCUUGGCCUACGUGGGCGUAAUGGUGGUCAAUAUUGCCGUCAUCUGGUUCCCAACCACGUGUAGCCUGCCGGACAAGUGUUUGCAGCCGGCCUUUGAUUGUGAUCAGGCCUUGGAUCUAUACCUGUACACGGGGCUCCGCGAUCGCUUUUCUUUCAAGAAAAUGGCUGAAACCGAGCCUGACCUGAGCAUCUUCAAUGUUCAUCUGAAUGAGUCCCGCACUUGGUCUGCGCUGCCCCCGCCUGCUCGAAUCAACAGACACUGCCACACCUUAGAUGCCCCGCCCGACAUCCUCUCACCAUACCCGUUAUCCCACCUCAUCUCUGAUCUCACGUUCCGGGCCCGUCAGGUCGGCUUUAAAGUGGAAGCUCAACCUGAUUACUACGGCCAGAUGAAGACGGUCUCUGUGGUCACACGGCUCACCAAGCGGCGCGUGCGCCAGGAUCUCAACAAAUCCAUGCUUGUGGGCAGCGGUCAGGAAGCAACGGAAGUACAAGCCACAGCUGAUCAAUUGACCGGCAUUGAUGGACAACCCGUCAAUCACUGGCGCCUGCGUGCCCGCAUGGAGCUUGUGACGGAUGCCAAGCUCUAUCCGCGAUCACACAAGGAAUGGCCUGUCAACCUGUUUUCGAGCCACGGCCAGUAUCGCCCCCCUGCCCACAUCAAUGAGCUGGCUGCCUCCGAGUUCGAUUGGCAGCUCUUAAGCAGCAACGUGAGCCGCGGCAACGCCACCUUGGAGUUUGAGCUGCGACCCAUCAGCAUGGGCCAUUUGCGCUUCAUGACCACCAUGGCCGAUGCUUUGACCAUGCUUCAAGACAACUAUGGUUUCUCAGACAAGGAUCUUGAUGACGUCAAAGCCAUCUUUAUCAACACCAACCUCCAGCUCCUUGCCCUCACCUAUGCCGUUACCAUUCUGCACCUGGUCUUUGAUUACUUGGCCUUCAAAAACGACAUUGGCUUUUGGAAAGGCCGCAAGGAUUUGGCUGGCCUCUCGCGUCGUACAAUUCUCUUCAACUUUGUUUGUACCCUCAUCAUCUUUCUCUACUUGCUGGAUAACGACAGCACCAGCAUGCUGGUGCUGCUCAGCGUCGGUGUGUCGGUCCUGGUCGACUUUUGGAAGGUGACCAAAGUUCUUCGUACACAGAUCGAAUUCAAUGGCCUGUUGCCUACCAUCAAGUUUGAAGCUGUGCGUAGCCAAGCCGAGGAUGAAACAGAACAAUUCGAUGCCACCGCCAUGGUCUACUUGGGCUGGGUAUUGUUGCCCCUGGUGAUGGGUGGAGCGCUGUACAACCUCGUGUACACCCCCCACAAGAGUUGGUACUCCUGGCUUUUGCAAAGCCUUGCCAACGGUGUCUAUGCCUUUGGCUUUGUACUCAUGACUCCGCAGCUUUUCAUCAACUAUCGGCUCAAAAGCGUCGCUCAUCUCCCUUGGCGUGUCCUCAUGUACAAAGCGUUCAACACCUUUAUUGAUGACGUCUUCAGCUUUAUCGUGACCAUGCCGACGGCGCAUCGACUCGCUUGCCUUCGAGAUGACCUCGUCUUUGUGGUUUACCUCUACCAGCGCUGGCAAUAUCCGGUCGACAAGGCGCGUGUCAACGAGUAUGGAUUUAGCUAUGAGAAGGACGAUGGCACGCCCGACGUGGCUGCCGUGGACCAAGCGCCCACGUCAGCGGCUGAAAAGAAAGAACAAUAGGCAGCCUUCAACGUUGACUCCAGCGAGUGAGAUCGCCUCAAAGAACAUUGCAGAUUUGUGCAUGGCGUGUCAGACAUACCUGCGUGAGAGACCGCCAACAUCAACGGCCCCGAGUGUGCCCGCCAAUUCAAGCGCCGAGCGUACAUUC